GACACCCUUUGUACAGUGUGUGGUUUGUACAAUUGAAUGGUUUCGAAGAAGAACAAGAAGACGAAGAAGACGUAGAGGGACUUCGCACAUGCGCAGUGCGUGCUGAUCUGGUUCAUUAGUGAAGAUGGCUGCGCCCAUAGACCUGGAGCUGAAGAAGGCCUUUUCGGAGCUGCAGGUGAAGAUGAUCGACACGCAGCAGAAGGUGAAGCUGGCUGACCUGCAGAUCGAUCAGCUUACACGGGUUCAGAAACACACCAAGCUAACACACGCUGAGAUCACAACGCUGCCAGACAACACACGACUGUAUGAGGGAGUCGGACGCAUGUUCAUUCUUCAGUCAAAAGAGGACAUCAACAACCAGCUGAUGGACAAACAGAAAACAGCUGACGAGAAAAUCAAAGAACUCGAGCAGAAGAAGGUGUACCUUGAACGCAGCGUGAAAGAAGCAGAGGACAACAUCAGAGAGAUGCUGAUGUCCAGGAGAACUCAGUGAUCUAUAAGUGGUCUAUAAUCAAUAACGCAUUCAUACACGAUUAGUAAUGCACUGGUACACUCAUCGGUCAUCUGUUAUCAAAAACACAUGUAUUUAUGUCAGUAACUGUUUGUUAGUUGUUCAUAUUAAAAUGUUGAACCUUCAGUCUGUUCACUGUAUGUUUGACUUCAAUUAAAACACAUGAGGAAGAA